GCUGUAUCCGGUCUCUGAUUGGCUGAUCAGUGAGAAGGAGGCUGACUCAGAGGAGCUGGAAUGUGUACCCGCAGGCUGCUCAGCUGAGAUCACAUUCAGUGUAUGGACUCAGUCAUGGCCCAGUCGGGGACUCUAUGGACGGGUAAGCACAUUGGACUACACAGAGAGGAAAUGUAGGAGAGUAGAGUGAGUGUAAAAGAGAGAGAACGGUCACUUGCUCGGUCCGCUAACUGUUUCAAACGGCUAACGGACGCCGCCCCUAAGAGCCAGAGGGCUUCAGGCUUCAGCUCAGAACCAAAAGGACUUCCCAGAAUCCCUUGUGUACGAGAAUAAGAUGAGACUUCCUAAACGAUGGGUUGCACACAGGUGUGUGUUGGUGCUGUGUAUGGUCAUAGGUUUGCUUGGUUUGGUGUUGGUCUCUCUUCCGCUGAUGGAGACAAAGACCAACAAACCUCUGGAGUGGCACGUCAGCCCUGCACAUAAAAAGCGGGUGCAUAAGCAUGUUCAAGGAGUUCUGGAGAGUCCGUGUCGUCCCAGCAGCACCAGGCGGCGCUUGCUAGCUCGACUUCCCGCUAGCAGCAGUGAGACUCGGCCCUUCUUAUGGAAAGAUGUGCCGCUCAAUGAUGACCUCUUUCUGUAUUCUCCGCCGUUUGGGUUCAAAGGUUUCCGCGGCAGAGUAGAGGAGCUGCUGCAGCAGCUUCCAGACUCGGCCUCUGCAGCUCCGCCAGGAGACCCAUCAAAGAACUGUAGGCGCUGUGUGGUUAUGGGAAAUGGAGGCAUUCUCAAAGACCUGGAACUCGGCCCACUGAUCAACCGGUUUGACGUCAUCAUCAGGUUGAACAGCGGCCCUCUGGGGGAGUUCAGUGUGGACGUAGGAAAUCGAACCAGCAUCAGGAUGAGUUACCCAGAGGGCACGCCGCUCAACUGGGUGGACACAGACCCACACACUCUGUUUGCAGCGGUCGUAUACAAGGGCGUGGACAUCAGCUGGACCUCUGCUAUGAUCAACAAGCUGACUGUGCCUCUGUGGGACUGGCUCUUCUUCUGGCAGAAGGUUCCAAAUCAAAUCCCUCUUGAGCCCCAAAAGUUCAGGCUUAUAAACCCACAAGUCAUCCGAGAGACGGCAUUGGACCUUCUGAAAUACUCUGCACCCAGACCACGCCUGUGGGGCAGUGACCAGAAUGUGCCCACCAUCGGCGUCUCUGCACUGAGUUUAGCCAGCCUCCUGUGUGACGAGGUCAGCCUGGCAGGCUUUGGCUACAAUCUGUCCCAGCAGGGGACGCCACUGCACUACUACGACCAAAUGCCCAUGAGCAUCAUGCGGCAGCAGACCAUGCACAAUGUGGGCAAAGAGACUGAGCUCCUGCAGAGCCUUGUCAGAGAGGGAACCAUUACUGAUCUGACCGGAGGCAUUCACUGCUCCUUCUGCUCCAGCUGACCCUGACACCCUGGACUGUGAGUCUGUGGGAGGGCUUCAAAGAAAAAACACCAAUCUGUAUGGAAACACAGAGAGGCUGGUUCAUGUUUCUAAAGGCUUAUGAAGGUAUGUUGGUGAUGUGUGGACAGCUGUGAUUAGAGCUGUCCAUUUGUAAUCAUACCAGUCAGACCACAUCACUAUACCAGGUCUAAAUAAGAAAGCAUGAUACCAAACCUCUCCUCAGAUCCCAUUCCACCUCACAGCAGAGAACCUUCUCCCUAAUCUUACUGACUUCAUCUGAUCGGGGCGCAAAGAAACCCCAAAAACUCUGCCUGCACGCAACCUCAAGUUCUCAUAAAAAUGUAUAGAUGUGAUAUGUAAUCAUUUUAAUGGAACAACUCCACGUAUAUGAGCAAUAUAUUAUAUUGAUAGACUUCAUUAAUUCUUGGGUUUGUGUAACUAGAUUCUGAACUUUGUGUAACUAGAUUCUGAAGCCUCUCUGACCGUUGCCAUCUUCUGGUUUUUGAGCCAGAAGUGACCAUAUAUGGAUGAGACUGUAUCGUCUGAGGGGGCUAGGAAUGAGCAAACGCUUACUUAUCAACCAAUACCAGUGGUCCUUUCAUUCCAAAGGGUCGUGUGUAUCUGCUGAGGAUUUUAUGAAAUGGGACCCCUGCUUCUGCUGAAACAAAAUGUUCUUUAACAGCCAAUGGAUUUAUUUUGUACAACUAGUUAAUGAGACGUGUUUCUGAUCUUCAUGGUAGAUCUUUGAGCUCCAAACCAUUCCUUCCUUUAUGUUUUCUUUUGUUUCUAUAAUUUGGGACCAUAUUUAAUAAUAAUAUAUAUUCCUUUUUACUUCAUAAAGCCUGGUGCUGUUGUUCUAACACAGUAAUAAUAAUGAUUGUAUUAAUACAGCAGCUUUCCUGUUCCAACACAGCCUGACUGCUGUAAUGAUUGAGUCAUUAGCCUUCAUAGUGAAGGGACUCAAAUGAGCCAAACUUAUUCCUGACGUUUACGUUGAAUGAUACAGCUCUUUAUAAUCAUCUUAAAGAGGCAGCACAUUAUUUAUUUGUACUAACACUGGAAGAUAUGAAUCUUUAUUUGAAGGUUCAGUGGAAUGUGAAACCAUGCAUCAUAUUGUGACAAACUGCAAUAUUUCUGAGCAUAUUCAAAUCAUUUUAAAGCAAGUCAGCAACAUUUUGUGAUCGUUUGAAGAAUCAAAUGAAAUCUGGAUGAAUUUUUAAAAGUGUAACGUCUUUAAUCUGCAGUCUUUCAGAACAGCUGCGUUGUGGAAAGUGGCGCACUAUUGAAGAGUUUUAUUUAUAAAGUGUCUUUUUAAUUGUUGCGUUAGUAUAUUUUCAAUGUGUUAAACAUUUUAACUCAACAAGAUUGUUUGAUUACAUUCAGAAUGUCAAGGUAUGAUGAUUCCAUUUAACUUGUGAUGUUGCUGUAAUUUAAUUCAUGUAGACCUCACACUGUUUUGUUCUUCCUCCAUGUUGAGUAGAGAUGUGGAUUGUUCUCAGGAGAAUAAAUCAAACGCUCUAAUCUAACAGGACUGAUAUCAGGACGAGCUGAUUGGUAAACAAUGAUAGAUGAAUGGAUUAGGAAGCGGUCUGAUGAGAACUUUUUCAUGUUGAACAAAAUGUAUGAAAGAUCAAUUUGAAUUUGAAUGAAGCAGUCUUUACUACCAUGUUUUUAUAAUUCAAUCUUCUGUUUGACCUUAUUAAAUGUAAAUAUGUUGUAAAAACUAAACAAUGUGGCAGUGGA